AGAAGGAAAAAGAAACUUAUCAUUCCCUGCCCAACCCCAGGCCCCACACCCAGGGUAAUCAACAGCCUCGGACCAAGCUCAAGUCCUCUGUCUACCCGGCUACAUCCUCCCUCCGGGUUGCUGACUUGCUCCAGAUCUUGCUCCGGUAUCCAGUAGGACCCUCAACCAUGGCUGGUCCCUUCUCCCGUCUGCUGUGUGCCCGCCCAGGGCUCAGGCUCCUGGCUUUGGCCGGAGCUGGGUCUCUAGCUGCUGGGAUUCUGCUCCGCCCGGAAUCUGUGCGAGCUGCCGGUGAACGAAGGAGGCUGUAUCCCCCAAGCGCUGAGUACCCAGACCUCCGAAAGCACAACAACUGCAUGGCCAGUCACCUGACCCCAGCAGUCUAUGCACGACUCUGCGACAAGACCACACCCUCGGGUUGGACACUAGAUCAGUGCAUCCAGACUGGCGUGGACAACCCCGGCCACCCUUUCAUCAAGACUGUGGGCAUGGUAGCUGGAGAUGAGGAGACCUAUGAGGUGUUUGCAGAACUGUUUGACCCCGUGAUCCAAGAGCGGCAUAAUGGAUAUGAUCCCCGGACAAUGAAGCACACCACUGACCUUGAUGCCAGUAAGAUCCGUUCUGGCUACUUUGAUGAGAGGUAUGUAUUAUCCUCAAGAGUCAGAACUGGCCGAAGUAUCCGGGGUCUCAGCCUGCCUCCAGCCUGCACUCGGGCAGAGCGACGAGAGGUGGAACGUGUUGUGGUGGAUGCACUGAGCGGUCUGAAGGGUGACCUGGCUGGACGUUACUAUAGGCUCAGCGAGAUGACAGAAGCGGAACAGCAGCAGCUUAUUGAUGACCAUUUUCUAUUUGAUAAGCCUGUGUCCCCAUUGCUGACUGCAGCAGGAAUGGCUCGAGACUGGCCAGAUGCUCGUGGAAUCUGGCACAACAAUGAGAAGAGCUUCUUGAUCUGGGUGAAUGAGGAGGACCAUACACGGGUCAUCUCUAUGGAGAAGGGUGGCAACAUGAAGAGAGUGUUUGAAAGAUUCUGCCGGGGCCUCAAAGAGGUGGAAAAGCUGAUCCAGGAACGAGGCUGGGAGUUCAUGUGGAAUGAGCGUUUGGGAUACAUCUUGACCUGUCCAUCUAACCUGGGCACUGGACUUCGGGCAGGAGUGCACAUCAAACUGCCCCUACUAAGCAAAGAUAACCGCUUCCCAAAGAUUCUGGAGAACCUAAGACUCCAAAAGCGUGGUACUGGAGGAGUGGACACUGCUGCCACAGGCAGUGUCUUUGACAUCUCUAAUUUGGAUCGACUUGGCAAGUCAGAGGUGGAGCUGGUGCAACUGGUCAUCGAUGGAGUAAACUAUUUGAUUGACUGUGAACGGCGUCUGGAGAGAGGACAAGAUAUUCGCAUCCCUGCACCUCUUGUGCACAGCAGGCACUAACUCCUCAUCCCCAGGAGGGAGCUCAAGAUCCCCAGGACUUCUGCCUAUUUAAUGGUCCUAUUCUACUUGUCCUGGACCUGUCCUUCUCCCCACUUCCAAGUAAAGACCCCAUGCUAU